AUGUGCUAUCCGGCGGUGCUAAAGUCAGUUUUGAUUGUUGGACUUGGUAUUUCGUUGGUCUUUACAAUAACAGCAACCCUCCUGCCGGACUGGAGAGUCUCCAAAGGUUUUCGGCAAGGCCUGUUCUUCGCCGAAUGUCACAAUAAUACGCAGAUUUUGACGUCAUCUCAAGAGUUUUUGCAAGCUUGUGAGGAGGCUCUUACAGUAAGUUUUUCCUUGCUGUCAUGAGAGCGGGAGUCAUUCUACGUUGAUCACAGCUCUUCUUACUUCCAUGUGAUCCUGGCUUAAAUAAAUUCUGACCCUUUUUAAUCGCGUUAACAACAUUUUUUGCAGCGGCCUCAAGCUUCGUUGGUAAUUGUCGCAUGCUUACUGGUAACCUCAUUGACCUUUUCAACAGUAUCUUUUGCUUGGUCAAUUGCUGGAUGCUGCUGUUCUUGCGUCCUUUGUGAUUUUAUGGCCAUUGGAUUUAUCACUGUGAUUUCGGGAGUCAUCGAAUUGGCUGCGCCCAUAAUUUUCCGCUUGAAUGAUUUUCCAGGUAAGGAACCACAGUUUUAUGACUGAUUUCUACGACUGUUCUUUCGUGUUUUGGGGUUGUUAGGGUUUUUUAUCAGUUUAUUUGGCAUUGAAUAAUAUAAAAACGAAAGUUUAGCCUACUGAGAGUCGAACCCGCGACUUCAAUCUUAUAAAAAGGAGCAAAAGAAUGCUUUGCGUAAACAAAUUUUGGGUAUUUAAAUUCCAAAAAAUCAAAAAAAUUUCUGCAGGAAGUGGGAUUCGAACCCACGCAUCGAUAACGAUACUAGAACGCUCGCCAUUGCACUGCAAUGAAGCCUUUUGCUUGAGUCUAGCGCCUUAGACCACUCGGCCAUCCCUGCACGUUCCCCCCUCCCGUUCGGAAGCCUUUUAUUUGUGGCGGGGAAUAAAUGUUUCGACAUUUGAAUCAUUUUUUGAAAUGAAAAAAUUGAUCGUAACUUAAAAAUGUGAAUACAUCACUCUAGUUAGCGUACACAGGCAAAAAUCGUCGAGUUUUAUCAUUUUAUCUUUGUUUUCUCGGGAUUUUUGAUGAAAUUUGAGCGUUUUUUAACUUUCAGAAGAUAUUGCAAAAGACAUCAAGAACCGAUAUGAAAGAAUAAGCAAUUCCACGCUUGAUGUUGACGAAGUUAAGCAUUUCACCGACGAAAAGCCUCAAUACUCGGUGCAUGCAGCUUUUAUUGCCGGGAUAAUCCUAUUAGUGACGUCCGCAAUCAGUGUCUGUAUUCAUAAGGUUGUUGACAACGAAAGUGAAUAA